AUGACCAACACCCUGCUACUGCUGCUCCUGGCCGUGUCUGUGGCUCAGGCUGCCUUGAUGCCCAGAGCCCUCUGGCAGUUCGGGAAAGUGAUCAAGUGCGCCGUGUCCACCAGCAACCCUUUAAAGCACAACGACUAUGGCUGCUGGUGUGGCUUCGGGGGCUCGGGGACGCCAGUCGAUCAGGUGGACCACUGUUGUAAGGCUCAUGAUUUGUGUUACCGAGAGAGCCGCAGAAUCGCAGUGUGCCGCCUGCACCAACAAACAGGUUCUAACACUGCCUGUCAGAAGUUUAUCUGUGACCAUGUGGCAGCUCACUGUUUCUCCCAGGCUCCCUACAACGAGCAGUUCCAAGACUUUGACAAAAAGCAGCACUGA